CUUAUUUAACCGCUUCAUGCGACAAGCUUCACAUAACAGUUUGUGUUCCUUCACUUGUCUUUUGGAUUAAAGCCACCCAAUGCAUAAAAGUUUAGGAUAUUUAUCGAGAGAAGCUUCUAACGUCAAGUGCAGCAUGUUCUGUGAUGAGAGCAAGCCUCGCCAGCAUCCCUCCUCCUCCUCCUUCUCCCCCCUGCGGCCUGAGCGAGGUGCUAUUGUCUGGCUUCCUGUGGCCGUGGAAGCUUGGCUCGGCUCUUUGGCACGCUCACACGCGCACGCGCACCAGGGGCGAGCAAGCCAGGCGAUCCCUGGACGCGACGAGGACAAAACACGCACGGGCUGGAAAGAGCCCUGGAAAAGAAGCUCGCUUCGGUGGAACAAAACGAAACAAACAAAAUCAAAACAAACUUUUGUCUUUGUUUGUGGAUUCCACCUGACAGUGAAGGCCCCGAGCUCGCCAAGCUGCGAAGCCUCAGCAAUUAGUGGGGAAGUGGAAAGUAUGGAGUUGAUGUCAUGACAGCCGCUCCGCACUCCACGGACGUCGACGACCAAAGAAGCGAACUGUCGUCAUCCGUUCAUCACAAAGCACCAAACAACCCAACUACCUCCGUUUAUUGAAUGUGUCCAAUAUGGCUUGACUGGGGGAUCUUCUGCUGACACUUCCAGUCCGCACGUAUCUGCGCCCUUUCCUCCUCCUUGACAACAUUCUGGUGCGAAUCUGUUCCUUGGAGCCCUCCCCAGUGCAACUAUGGCAAGUUUGGUCCUCAAUGAGACUGGGAUGGAGGACUGCGGCAUCGAUGACUCCUUCAAAUACAACUUAUAUUCCGUGGUCUACAGCGUGGUCUUCGUCUUGGGUCUCAUCACCAACUGUGCUGCGCUCUUUGUCUUCUGCUUCCGCAUGAAGAUGCGCAACGAGACGACAAUGUUCAUGACUAAUUUAGCACUAUCAGAUUUAGUUUUUGUUUUUACGUUACCAUUUAAGGUUUUCUACAAUGUUAACCGCCACUGGCCAUUCGGAGAUGGACUGUGUAAGGUUUCAGGAACAGCCUUCAUCACUAACAUAUAUGGCAGCAUGCUCUUCCUCACCUGCAUCAGCGUUGACCGCUUUUUGGCGAUAGUCUACCCUUUCCGCUCCCGCUCCAUCCGCACGCGUAGGAACGCUGCAAUGGUGUGCGCAGCUGUGUGGCUGACCAUUGUGGGCGGGGGGAUAUCAGUCACUUUCUUCUCUACCAUCAACAGCACAAAUAGAGCCACAACCUGUUUCGAAGGCUUCUCGAAGAGUACGUGGAGGACCUACCUUUCCAAAAUCACCAUAUUUAUUGAGAUUGUGGGAUUCCUACUUCCCCUCCUGGCCAACUUGGUAUGUUCCUCGCUGGUUCUACGAACGCUGCGUCGUCCAAUGUCUCUUGGCCACGGCUGUGACAGCAAGAGACGCGUCUUGAGGAUGAUUCUCGUUCAUCUGGCCAUCUUCAUCAUCUGCUUCGUCCCUUAUAACUCUAUUCUCUUCCUGUAUGCCCUGGUGAGGACCCAGGCCUUAGCUAAUUGCUCCGUGGAGCGUUUCGCACGAACUCUGUACCCCAUCACUCUGUGCCUGGCGAGUCUCAACUGCUGCCUGGACCCAGUGGUCUAUUACUUCACUUCUGAAAGCUUCCAAAAAAGUUUGACCUUGGGCAGCAAAGGGUCUGGCUCCCGGCCUGAGAGCAUUCCCCGCAGCGACACCGAGACACAGGACCCGUCAAACACUCUUCCAAGAGACACGCACACUUUAACGAGCAACGGAAAAGACACUAAAGUAUCAGAGAGUCAGUUUAGCUCCAGCAGAAUGAAACACUGGCAAAAUCUCUUCGCUCAAAAUAAGAAGCAUUUUUCUGGGAUGUCUCAGAGGACUGGACUCAUGGCAACAACUUUGUCUACAAAGUUGAUCCACAGUGUAGCAGUCUAUGCCAGAUGGAAUAAGAAAAUAAUAAUAAUAAUGAAUGCCAGCUGUCAAAACACAGGGGAACUGCGGAUGUAUCAGCACCAUGUGUAUGCAGUAGUGUACAGUGUCAUCCUUGUGCCGGGCCUGCUGGGGAACAUACUGGCCCUAUGGGUGUUUAGGCUUUACAUCAGAGAAACAAAGAAGGCCGUGGUGUAUAUGAUGAAUUUGGCUGUGGCUGACCUGAUGCAGGUCCUUUCUCUGCCACUUAGGAUCUAUUAUUACCUGAACAACAGUUGGCCCUUUGGUCACACUCUCUGCAUGUUCUGUUUCUAUCUGAAGUACGUGAACAUGUACGCUUCCAUCUACUUCCUGGUUUGUAUUAGCCUGCGCCGCUGCGAACUCAUCAUGCGACCGCUGAGGUACAACGCCUCCAGGCGAAAGGUGGAUGUUGUCGUGUGCACGCUGGGAUGGUUGUUAGUCUGCCUGGGCUGUCUGGCCUUCCCUCUCCUUAGAAACCCCGACUCCGAUGAUGACCUUGUGACCGCAGGGGUCAACGCUACCCCACCUGAAGCUUACACGGUCUGUUUUUCAGAGCUGCCCAUGCAGAUGGUCAGUACCUCAGCAGCCUGGGUUAUCUUGAUCAUAGCCGAGCUCGUCGGUUUCGUCGUUCCCUUUACGCUGGUGUUAGCCUGCACCUGCCUGACCGCCGGCAGCCUUCGGACAAAGACAGCCGGUGCUGUUCCCGACCGAGGGGAGAAACAGAGGGCUUUGAGGAUGGUGCUAAGCUGCAGCGCUGUGUUUUUAGUGUGCUUUGCCCCUUAUCACAUUACAAUGCCGCUGGACUUCUUGGCAAAGGCCAACACCUUGAGCAGCUGCAGACUGAGGGACAUGAUCCUUAGAUGUCACCCUGUCGCACUCUGCCUGGCCAGCCUAAACUGCAGCCUGGAUCCCAUCAUGUAUUACUUCACAACGGACGAAUUCUGGAAGCGACUGAGUAAACCUGAAAUACCAGAGCGUAUGAUUUCAAGCGGGUGAACGUCUCAAGCGGAGGACUUUGUGUGAAUGAUUUCCUUGUUGAAGGACCAAUGGCUGAAAUCACUAAACCCGAUGACGUUUGCACUUUGAAGAAAGGAGUGAUGUGUAAUUUACAUGCAAAAUCAUGUGAGAAUCUCUUGGAAGAUGUUUACUACUUUUUAAUCUGCCCGUUUGCAUUGAUGAAAGACUCAUUAAAAUUUUGA